AUGACAUCCAAGAAAUCGAAACAGGAGGAGGCGCUCCAAUUCCUCGAUGACCUCGAUUCAUUCGCACCCCCACCCGAAUCUGCCACCUCCCGCACACCAUCGAAACCAGGCGCACCCGGUACACCACCCGCGAACGAGGGCGAAGCCGCAGAGGUGCUCGCCUUCCUCGACGAGAUCACGCAAAAGAGUACUGAGCCGACACGCGCGGCGCACGUCCCACGCUCUGGCACGCCAACCUUGAGGAAGAGCACGGAGCGGGUGCGCCUGGGAGGCGGAGGGUCGUCGUCUUUGCUUCCGUCAGCGUCAUCAUCGACAUCGUCCCUGAACAGGACUUUAAGCACAGACAGCUCAAGGGGAAAGGAGAAGGCUGAGUCUCAGGCAGCUGCGUCGGGCCAACAGCAGCAGGGUUCAGUUUCGAGUUCUGGGAGCUGGGGAUGGGGCUCGGUUUGGUCGACUGCAUCGGCUGCUAUCCAGCAGGCGAAGACCGUCGUUGAUGAGCAGGUCAAACACCUUCCGAAGAACGAGCAAGCUCGUAAAUGGGGAGAGGGCGUCAUUGAGUACGCGAAGACUGCCCAACUGGACAAACUCAGCCAGGACUUCAAGCGUGUUGGUCUUUCUACACUCACCGAUAUCCUGAACGUCGUUGCGCCGCCUAUAUCCGAGCAUGAAGUCAUCCAGGUUUGGCUAAGCCACGACAUGCAAGGUUAUGAAGGGAUUGAAUCUCUAUCCUAUCGUGCACUUGCCCGGAUACUCGAGCAAGUCGAAGGUGGCGACCUCAUCGUCAACAGAGGAAGCGAGUCUAGGCCCAAGGAUGGAUCUACAGGUCGAGAUCUCAACGCCGUUGAGGGCUACCAAACGGCCUUGAAAGUUUCCCAGGUGAACAUCGACGAUGUAAUCAAGAGAAAUAGCGACGCAACCUCAAAGCCUCCAAAUCCCAAUGACGCCACCACUUAUUCUCACGUCUACCUACGAAUACAGCCGUUCUUCCUCACCUACUCUGAGCUAUCGACCAGCUCAGAAUCCUCGAAAACCCAGCAACAGCACCUCCAGUUCCUCAUCUACUUGUUCGACCCAGCACAUAACCUCACACAUACCACGCUCACUCAGUUGGUGCCCAGCAAGUGGCUUGCCCUGUGGGAUGAGUAUGAUUGGGUCGAGGACUUGAUUGCGGAUUCGCUGAGAGUCGGUGUUGAGGUUAUUGGACAGGAGUAUGUCGUGGCAAGGAUGGGAUGGGGUGCGAAAGAGGAGCAUAGCAAGGAAGGAUCAACAAGUGUCGACCCUGGCGAGGGAGAAGAGAAGGCAGAGGGCUCUUUGUCAUGA